AUGGGUACGUCUUCCCCUCUGUUGUGCAUUUGCGUCUAUCCGCACCUCUUCUACCCCGUCCAUGCCGCCGCCCUCACUGCCCUCUCGCUGUUCACGUUCAAGGCUUGCUAUCGCAGUCUUUACCAGGCAAUUAUCUGGCAGUCCCACCUGUUGCUUUGCCCGCACAAGGAAGUCACACCGAGGUGUAGCGUCUUUUGCUCAAAGACUAUCUUUACGCCCAUCCGAGCCGUCAGCCUUGUUGCAGAUAGAGAUCAGCUGUCAACGACACAGCUCGGACAUCAUCGUCACCAUCAAAGUUGA